UCCAAGUAGUUAUCACUUUUUUUCCUUUCUUUGCUUCACAAGUAAAAGCCUGUUAUAUGUUGUAUUAUAUUAUCUUCAUGUCCAAGCCUCCAUUAAUUAGCCUCCUCCCCACGUUUCUCUCAUUAUUCAUCAUCUUUUCUCUUCCCUUUCGGUCCUUUUUUCCUUCAAUACUACUCCUCUCCUACUAUUUAACGUCCUCCUCUUAAUAUUCUACCUUCCAACCAUUUUGUCUUGAAAUUUUAGUACUAUUGACAGUUGGGGUUUUAUUCUGGUCUUUAUUUAUUAGGUUUGGAAUCUUUAAAAAAAAUUGUCAGUGCAGUCAAUUAUGACCUAGUGUCCUGUUCAAUUCAUUUUGUUAACUUAAUUGCAUUCAAUAUUUUCAUCUUCAAAGUUUUUCUGUUGGCAAUUACAAUGGCAAUUGAGCUGUGUUCAUCUGAUGAGUCAUCUAUAAUGAGUCCAGCUCGGAUCUCCUUCGAUAUUUCACAAACAGACUAUGUUCCUGUUGAGCAACACAUUAGAUCAACUUCAUCUUCCUCUAGUAUUGAUUUUGAUUUUUGCGUUUUUCGCGAAAGCUUUGAUCUUGAAUCUUCGUCAGCUGAUGAGCUUUUCUUUGAUGGAAAGAUUUUACCAAUUGAAAUUAAGAGAAGAAUUUCGUCUGCUCCACUUAAAAAAAUAGAGCAACGUCCAAUACCAGCCCCUCCUCUGCCUCCAUGCAAGAAUAGUAGUAACACUAACACUAGCAAUAUUCUUGAUAAUGGCAAAAUUAGCUCGAAUUUGAAGAAUGAAAAUUCAAUCGAAAAUAAAACAGGAGGGGUUCUUGAAUCAAUAGAUGAAAAGCAGAGUUCAAAGUCAUUUUGGAGAUUCAAGAGAAGUAGUAGCUUAAAUUGUGGGAAUGGUUAUGCAAGAACUUUAUGUCCAUUGCCACUUUUAUCAAGAAGCAAUUCAACUGGUUCAACUCCAAGUGUGAAGCGUAAUUCGUCAUCAUCAAAGGAUAAUUUAAGUCACAAGCAGCAUUCUCAGAGACACUUUUCAAAAUCAGUGUCAUCUAAUAAUGGUCAAAAGCCUCCAUUGAAGAAAGUUCCAUACAACAAUGGAGUUAAAUUCAGCCCAGUACUAAAUGUCCCUUCAGCAAGUUUGUUUGGUUUAAGUUCUUUCUUUUCAAGUGGCAAGGAAAAGAACAAGAAGAAGUGAUUAAUUAAUGGACAUGAUUGCUUUAUUAGUUUCCAAAAUAAGAAAGGUUUGAUUUGUUACUUUUUUCCUUAGAUUAACAUGAUUGAGAAUUGAGAAGGAAAAAGUGUGGAGAGAAAGGAUAAGUACUGGGGCCAAAAGUAUGGAGCAUAAUACAUUCCAUGCCACAUGCUUUUUUUCUUUUUCUUUGGGAGUUGUGGGUGACAAGAAAUAACAGGUAAUAUUUGCUAUCAAAGGGCCUGUCCCAUUAUAUGCUUUAAUUUGUUUUUGUGCUUUUGGUUGCCUACACAUGCAUCUAACUCUCUGUGAUUCGAA